AUGAGUUCAAAGAUAGUUUUACCGGUUAUUAAUGAUAGAGUAUUGAUAUUUGAUAUCGAAGAUAUAAGAAAGCUAAGAAAUUUGGGAAUACUAGGUAUACUUAGUGGAACAUUACCCAAGGCUCCUCAGCAGAAUAUUUUUCUUGGUGUUCCUUUACAAUUGAGUUUCAAUGAAACCUUGUGGCUAAUUGAACAUGAAUACGGGAUCCUAGUGGAUGGUAAAGAAGUAUACAAGGAACAAACUGUAUCAUCUGAGGUAGAUGUAGAAAAAAAUGCUAUUAAUGAGUUUAUAAGAAUUCCAAAUACCAUUAAACCUGGCGGAGAAUUAUCGCCUAUGUGCUUACAACACUUUAUCUCGCUGCAAUAUUCUACGCAAGAUGAGCUAGAAAGAUUAAUACAAGAGUACCAUACUUUUAAAUCGAUUAAGAAUAAAGGAUUUUUUAUUUUACCUGGCCUUAGGUUUGGAGGAGAAUUAAUAGCUUACCCUGGUGAUCCAUUGAGAUAUCAUUCUCAUCUCAUUAUAAAUACUGCUUUGCAUAGUAUAAAUUUACUAGAUGUUAUUACUGGGGGUAGACUCGCCACUGGUGUAAAGAAGGUCUGGCUUCUAGUGGGCAGCCGUAACGAGCAAUCCACGGGAGCUGAUGAUUUAGUGAGAAAGUUUACUAAGGAUAAAGAGCCGAUGAGCUUUUCUAUCGAAUGGGCUGGCUUCGGCUAA